AUGUCCGACAUGCACCGUGCCAGCACUACUGCUCCUGUCAACAUUGCCGUGAUCAAGUACUGGGGAAAGCGCGACCCGAAGCUCAACCUUCCUACCAACUCAUCCCUUAGCGUUACCCUCGCGCAGUCGGAUCUCCGUACGCACACGACCGCGUCGUGCUCGUCCACCUACCCAAAAGAAGACACGCUUCUCCUCAACGGCCAAUCGCAAGAUGUGUCUGGUGCUAGGACACAGGCAUGCUUCAGGGAGCUCAGGGCGCUGAGGAAGCAACUCGAGGACAAGGACUCUAGCCUGCCCAAGCUGUCCGAGCUUCCCCUGCGCAUUGUUUCCGAGAACAACUUCCCCACUGCUGCUGGACUGGCUAGUUCGGCAGCCGGUUUCGCGGCUCUCGUCCGCGCGAUUGCGAACCUCUACGAGCUUCCUUCUUCGCCAACGGACCUCUCCCGCAUUGCGAGACAGGGCUCUGGCUCAGCGUGCAGGUCGCUCUUUGGUGGAUACGUAGGCUGGGAGCAGGGCUCCGCCUCGGAUGGAAGCGACAGUGUUGCUUUCCAGGUGGCACCCGCGAGCCACUGGCCCAACAUGCGUGCCGUUAUCCUAGUUGUCAGUGCUGCAAAGAAGGGCGUGUCGAGUACUUCGGGUAUGCAGAUUACGGUCGCUACAUCCAGCCUGUUCCAGUCGAGAGCUACGGAGACCGUCCCGCGCCGCAUGAAGGAGAUGCAGAAGGCUAUCCAGGACAAGGACUUUGAGACUUUCGGCAAGGUCACCAUGAUGGACAGCAACUCUUUCCAUGCCACAUGUCUCGACACUUUCCCUCCCAUCUUCUACCUCAACGAUGUCUCAAGGGCGGCUAUCAAGGUCGUUGAGAGCAUCAAUGCGGCAGCAGGCAAGAUCAUUGCUGCGUACACGUUCGACGCUGGUCCAAAUGCUGUCAUCUACUACCUCGAGGAGAACGAGAAGGAGGUGGCGGGUCUGUUCAAGACCAUCUUGAACGAGAAAGAUGGUUGGCAGGGCGCGAGGGGCCAGUCAGUCCAGGCAAAUGCCGAGGCACUGGAGAAGGUCAAGUUUGAGGCUGGACCAGCUAUCGCAUUCUUGGAGGAGGGUGUUAGCAGGGUUAUCUUGACUGGCGUUGGCGAGGGUCCUAUCAAGACCGACGAGAGCUUGAUUGACGAGAAGGGCGAGCCUGUUAACAAGGCUUAG